AUAAAUAUUACAGUUUUGAAAGAAAAACUGCAGAGAACCAAAAACCGACUUGGCAGAGACCAAAAAUCUACCCAACGUCAAAUUUGAUUAUACAUCCAAAUCAGAGUCAUUAUCACUGUUAAGUUCGAUUUCUGCCGUGCCUUACCAACGAUUCAUGCGGCGGUUUCCGGCGUCAAUCCUCGGUGCCGCCACGCCUCCUCCGCCGCAGCGCCGGUGAGGCUUGUCCUCCGUUCAUUUGGUCGAAAAAAUGGGUUCCAGUCCGAUUUUGCUGUCCGGAACUUCCAGCGGGGGCGGCGGCGGUGGCCGGAAGUUGAAAGGCGUGGCUAGAAAGAAUGGGAAUGGUAAUCGCAGAAACGAGCUGUGUUUCCCGUCUCCGUCGGCGUUUGCGUAUUUCGUGGUUUCGCUUGCGGCUAUGGUGUCGAUCGGGGGUUUGUACGGAAAGUACGCCUUCACGGCUAACGUGCGCAGUGGGGUCGGAAUCGGGUGCCACGAGGACAAUGAAGGCUCGUGGUCCGUCGGGGUUUUCUAUGGCGAUUCCCCCUUCUCUCUCCACCCUAUUGAAGCAAUGAAUGUAUGGAAUGAUGAAGUUGCAGCAUGGCCCAUUGCGAAUCCGGUGCUGAGCUGUGUGUCUCUAUCAACUGCCGGCUUCCCGAGUAACUUUGUUGCUGAUCCUUUUCUUUUUCUGCAGGGUGAUGCAAUUUACAUGUUCUAUGAAAUGAAAAACUCCAUCACAAAGCAAGGAGAUAUUGGAGUUUCUCGAAGUUUAGACAAUGGCGCGACAUGGCAGCAGUUAGGCAUCGCUUUGGAUGAGGACUGGCAUCUAUCCUACCCCUACGUAUUCGAGUACAACGGAAAUAUAUACAUGAUGCCCGAAGGCAAUCAGAAAGGGGACUUACGUCUCUACCGAGCUAUCGACUUCCCAUUGAAAUGGACACUAGAGGAGAUCAUAAUGAAGAAACCGUUGGUCGAUUCUUUUAUAAUCCCUCAUGGCGGGAAGUUCUGGUUGUUCGGUUCGUACCAUUCUAGGUUUGGCGCGAAGAGAAAUGGACAGUUGGAGAUUUGGUACGGCGAUUCGCCUCUUGGUCCUUGGAAACCUCACAAGAAGAAUCCUAUAUACAAUGCGGAUCCGAGCAUAGGUGCACGGAACGGAGGUAGACCAUUUGUGUACAACGGCGAUCUCUACCGUAUAGGCCAAGAUUGUGGCGCGACGUACGGGCACAAAACACGCGUGUUCAAAAUCGAAGUCCUGACGACUAAUGAAUUUGAAGAAGUCGAGGUAUCGUUUGGCGUUGAAGAGACGAGCAAGGGAAGUAACGCUUGGAACGGUGCGCGUAGCCAUCAUAUAGACGCGCAACAAUUGGGUUCGGGGAAAUGGAUUGCCGUUAUCGACGGGGAUCGGGUGCCGUCGGGGGAUUUGUUUCACCGGAUCCUCUUCGCGUUUGUUUCGCUUGUUGUGGUUAUUACAUCGGUCGUGUUGGUUGGGAUUUUGCUUGGGGUCGUGACGUGUGUCGUACCGUUAACAUGGUGCCCGCACAACGUCGGUAAGAGACACGAUACUGUCUUAGCUUCGGAGCGGUCAAGUUUGUCCUCCGACGUAAGGUACUUUUGUAGUCGUUUAAACGGGAUGUGUUCGACCCUGCAUUCGAUGAUAAAGACGAAGACGUGCACGGGAAGCGUCUUCGUGGUUAUAAUAACCGUUGUGGCCGUGGUUUCGACAUGUACGGCGGUUAAUUGGAUAUGCAGCGGAAGUAGGGGUCGGGAAGCCUACCCGUUGAAGGGGUACUACUCGCAGUUCACACUGUUAACAAUGACAUACGAUGCGCGUAUUUGGAACUUACACAUGUACGUAAAGCAUUACUCGCGAUGCCCCUCGGUGCGCGAGAUUGUCGUUGUUUGGAACGAGGGCGCCCCACCGCAACCGGAUGACUUCGACUCGGCGGUGCCCGUGCGAAUCCGAGUCGAAGAACGGAACUCGCUAAAUAACCGGUUCAAGUUCGAUCCGUCGAUCAAGACCCGGGCAGUCCUUGAGCUCGACGACGACAUCAUGAUGGCGUGCGACGAUGUGGAACGCGGAUUCCGCGUUUGGCGCGAGAAUCCGGACCGUAUCGUUGGGUUCUACCCUCGGCUCGUCGUCGACCAAUUGAAGUAUCGAGGCGAGGACCAUGCAAGGGAAAACGACGGGUACAAUAUGGUGCUCGUCGGGGCGGCGUUUCUCGACCUAUCGGUUGAAUCGGGACGGUAUUGGGGCAACAGUGGAGGAAUUGGUCGAGCGAUAGUCGAUGAGUAUUUUAACUGCGAGGAUAUUUUGAUGAAUUACGUUCAUGUAAAUUCGACCCGAUCGAUCGGAGUCGAGUACGUCAGGCCGGCGUGGGCUAUCGAUAUGUCAAAAUUUUCGGGAGUCGCGAUAAGUCGGGAUACCGGGUCCCGCUAUCGAGUAAGGAGCCGUUUGAUGAAUUUUGAAAAAAUAUAUGGGAGUUUGGUAGGGAAGAAGUUGAAGUUUGGAAGAAGAAAGGAUGGAUGGGAUUUGUAGUUGAUGCUUUGAUGGGUUGUUCGUUGUGCAUCAAUUGUUGUACAUUCUGGUUCGUGGGGUCUUUGCGGAAGAAACUUUGGCUGGUCCUUUGUAAUUUGUGUGCAGUUUUUUUAUUUUUUAGGAAAUUGGGGAGUGAAUGUACAAUUUGGGUAUAGUAGUCGCUGGGAAAUUGUAAUUUUAUCAUUUACAUUCUCUUUUAAUAUAUUUUGCAU